AUGUCGGUCCCAGCAUUCUCAGACAUCUCCAAGGCGUCUAACGAUCUCUUGUCGAAAGACUUCUAUCACCUGAGCGCUCAGGCUGUGGAGAUCAAGUCAAACACCCCCAACAAUGUCGCAUUCAAGGUUACUGGCAAAUCUACACACGAGGGAGCUACCAGCGGUCUGUUGGAGGCCAAGUUCAGUGACAAACCAUCCGGUAUAUCCUUCAGACGAUUUACUAUGUCCUCCGAUUUCCGUCCUAGUCUCAGUCCAAUUAUCGAUUUUAUGGUUGAUGUGUCGCCCGAUUACGCACAAUUGCUAAUGUUCUAUCGCCGUGCAGGCUUGACUCUCACUCAAUCAUGGAACACUGUCAAUGCUCUUGACACCAAGCUUGAGCUGAAUGACACCAUCACCAAGGGUCUCAAGCUUGAGCUCUUGGGCAACUUCCUCCCUGCUACCUCAGCCUAUGGUGGAAAAGUUAACUUGCACUUCAAGCAAGCCAACUUCCACGGCCGUGCAUUCUUCGAUCUGCUCAAGGGUCCCACUGCCACCGUUGAUGCUGUUAUUGGUCAGGAUGGCUUCUUGGCUGGUGGUUCUGCUGGUUAUGAUGUGCAAAAGGCUGCCAUCACCGGCUACUCUGCUGCUAUUGGAUAUGCUGCUCCCCAAUACACUGCUUCCGUCACUGCCACCAACAACUUGAGCGUCUUCUCUGCUGCUUACUACCACAAGGUCAACUCGCAAGUUGAGGCUGGCUCAAAGGCUACCUGGAACUCCAAGGCCGGUUCAUCGGUCGGCCUUGAGGUUGCUGCUAAGUACAGACUGGACACUCUCUCAUUCGCCAAGGCCAAGAUCAACGACCGUGGUAUUGCUGCCGUUGCCUACAACGUUCUCCUCCGACCUGGUGUUCAACUUGGCAUUGGUGCCUCCUUCGAUACCCAGAAGCUCGACCAAGCCAACCACAAGAUUGGUACUUCUCUCACUUUCGAUGCAUAG